AUGAGAAAAAACUACCACCGAGACCAUCUUUCAGCCCUUCAAGAUGCCAUUACGAACGAUAAAGUAAAUGUGAAAGGAUAUUUUUUAUGGUCGAUAUUGGACAAUUUCGAAUGGCUGGAUGGCUACACUGUUCGUUUUGGCAUCAUCUACGUGAACUACGAUGAAACUAAUGAUCAGAAGAAAGGCUACUUGAGCAGAGCCUAUAAGAACUCUUCCUACUGGUUCAAGAAUUUCCUCAAAGAGGACAACUAG